UGUUAUUUCCGAGUCAGUCUACCGUCGGUGUUGGCGGCGUGCUCAGUCUUCGACUGACUCGUUGCUUGGUCUCGUCUAUCGUCGUGCUGAACUGCUCGCAUUAAUUGGCAGACAACAGUCGAUGUGGUCACAUAAUUCUUCAGUCACGAAUAUCCAUUAUGUUUUUAUACUUCUAAUAACAACGUAGUAACUUGGACGCAAAUUGGAAGGAAACCUUUUCUCAAGAGAAACAGAGGCAGCCUCUGCCGCUCAUAUUAUUUCCCCGUCGAUGCUGAACUAUUCGUUGCACCACGAAAGAGGAUAUUAGAUAAUGAUAGCGGCAAACUGGAGCUAAAUCGUUCUUAAAACUUCCGUCGAAAUUAUCAUGGAACUUACUCUGGAAAACAAUGCGAUGAAAAUGGACGUGCACCGCGAAGAUGUAAAAAAUGCCUUCAAAUAUGACGGUUCCGCACGGAUGUCUCAUUUAUCAAAAAUGGCCGCGGUGGACAUCGAAUUCAACGAUUUGAUGUAUUCGACGCCAGGCGCCUCUCGAAAAGAGUCAAACUUAAUACUAAAAGGGAUCAGCGGACAGUUCAAGUCGGGCGAGUUGACGGCGAUAUUGGGUCCUUCCGGUGCCGGGAAAUCGACGCUCCUUAAUAUUCUUGCGGGUUACAAAUGCACGGACAUAAAUGGGUCUAUAAAUAUUAAUGGACAACCGCGAAACAUUCGGGAAUUCAAAAAAAUGUCGUGUUACAUUAUGCAACAGGACCUUGUGCAGCCAAAACUCACGGUUUCUGAAGCAAUGGCAUUCGCCGCCGACUUGAAGCUUGACAAAAGAAAAUCCCUGUUUGAAAAACACAUUGCCAUAGACGAAAUUCUUAAUACUCUCAGAUUGUCCGCUUCACGAAAUACAACAACGGAAAAACUGUCUGGUGGGGAAAGGAAAAGGCUGAUGAUCGCUCUCGAGCUAGUGAAUAAUCCACCGAUUAUCUUCCUCGACGAACCGACCACUGGUUUGGAUGAGCUGUCUUCUUCUCAAUGUAUCGAACUUCUGCAAAGAUUGGCCCGUAUCGGACGCACCGUCAUAUGUUCGGUGCACACUCCUAGCGCGAAAAUAUUUCAAAAAUUCGACCAUGUCUACGCCAUUACCAGCGGACAAUGCAUUUACAGAGGUACUCCGAGCAACCUAGUGCCAUAUUUGCAAAGCAUGGGCGUAGAAUGUCCGAAACAUUACAAUCCCGCGGACUUCGUGAUAGAAAUCUCAUCAGGCGAUUACGGUUUCGACCUAACUGAGCGAAUGCUCGCUUGCGUGGAAAUGAAAGCACCGAUUCUGCCGAUUCAACGAUCAAAGCAGGAGUUCGAAUUUGAGAGAAAAAACCCAAGAAUAUUAUGGUUCGAUCAGUUCAGCACGCUAGUGAGAAGAAUGACGAUGCAGCUCUAUCGAGACAGGAACUACAUAUACAUGAAGAUAUUUUUCCACAUAUUUUUGGGAUUCGUCAUUGGCGGACUUUUCUUAGGCAUGGGCAACGAUGGGUCCAAGGCUCUCUUCAACUUUGGUUUUUGCUUUGCCUGUAUUAUAGUCUUUUUGUACAUACCAAUGCUGCCAGUACUACUCAGAUUUCCUGGGGAAAUUUUACUGAUGAAACGCGAGUACUUUAAUAGAUGGUACAAAAUGAGCGCAUACUACUGGGCACUAACUAUAGUCAAAAUACCUGAACAAAUAGUGUUAUCAUUAAUAUAUCUCACCUUGGUCUAUUUCAUUACGGGGCAACCUUUGGAGUGGCAAAGAUGCUCCAUGUUCUUCAGCACUUGCUUCCUAUGUGCAUUCAUCGCGGAAAGUAUGGCCUAUAGUAUUGCCAGUGUAUUUAAUGUCGUGAACAGCGUAUUUUUCGGUCCUGCGUUAACCUGUCCUCUGAUACUCGUCGCGGUGCAAGGCUUUGGUGACCCCAGUCCUCUACCACUUUAUCGAACAAUUCUUAUGUAUACGAGCUAUAUCAGAUACGGACUAGAGGCCCUUAUAGCAGCCAUGUAUGGCAACGGUAGAAAAAGAUUACCUUGUCCCUUGGAAGAGGUGUACUGUCACUUCAGUUCGCCUGUGGAAAUCUUUCGGACCAUCGGCAGGCAGACCGUCCCCAAUUUUAUGCUGGAUAUAUUUGCCCUCAUCAUUAUCUUGUGUCUUUGUAAAGGGAUUUUAUAUUAUCUGCUUAGACAACGGGUCCAACCAAAUAAAACUUUCCAGAUGCUUCAUCUAGUGGGCACACUCGUCAAGAAACAUUUCAAUAUGUAAUAGAUUGUAUUUAUUGCGUCCUAUCUCUGAUAAUAUAAAAGACCGUCGAAUUUCGAUAUCAUACAUGCGUUUCGAAAUUCUCUAUGUAAAAAGAGCGCAUACUCAAUUCGUAGUAUGUUCAUGACACCAGAUAUGACGUGUAACGUUGUAUCCAACGCGAUAUUACAAAUAUAGCGAGCAAAAAUUUGUAAUAAAAAUAAAAUUAAUGAUUUAUCAUGUAA